AACAAAACUGGAUCGAAUUCGUUACGUAUCUCAAUUCAACUAGGUUAUGGAUUCUUCUCACAUUCUUUCUUCUGCUUCCUACGUCUCUCUUUCCUCCCAAUAUCUCUUUCGAUCAUCAAUGCUUUACUUAUAAAUCAAAUCAAUCCUCUCUGCAUUCUCACUCUUGGUUCCUUUGAUUUCUCCUUUUCUCUUGGAUUUUAGCUUUUAACCGUUCAAUCUGCAUUCAUCCCCGUCAUGGGUUUCAAAUCCCUCUUCUCUCGGAAGAAGAAACUCCUCGAAUCCGCCGCCCAAUCGCCCAUCACGUCCCGAUCGCCUUCGCUGUCGAUGCAUUCUCGUGCGCAGCUCACGGCGGAGUUGGAAGAGGUAUUCAAGAGAUUCGACGUGAAUGGCGACGGCAAGAUCUCCGCAUCAGAGCUGGGAUCCAUAUUGGGAAGCCUGGGCGAACCGGCCACGGAGGAAGAGCUGAAUAACAUGAUCCGUGAGGUGGACGCCGAUGGCGACGGAUUUAUUAGUCUUCAAGAGUUUGUCGAGCUUAAUACGAAAGGGAUCGAUUCCGUGGAGGCCAUGGAGAAUCUGAAGGACGCGUUCUCAGUUUUCGACAUUGACGGCAACGGGAAAAUCACGGCGGAGGAGCUUCAAAUGGUAAUGAAGAGCCUCGGGGACGACUGUUCUGUGGUGGAAUGCCGGCGGAUGAUUAACGGCGUCGAUAGCGACGGCGACGGCCAGAUUGAUUUCGAGGAGUUUAAAGUGAUGAUGAUGAUGGGAUCUCGCCAUGAUACUAGUGACAGAGUGAAGCCGGAAUAAGGCAUUGUUUCGCUCUAGCUUUAUUUUUUUUGAUUUGAUUUUUUCAAUCUAUGAUUUGAGGAUGGAAAUUUCACAUCCUGCAAAUUUGAUAGAUUGCUAAUUCUAAGCAGUUAGAUUUGAAAUAUAAAUAAAGAUUA